UCCUUUCCUGAGUCGUUGGUGGAGCGAGGGCACUGCAGCAGUGUAUAUAUAACUAUAGAUGAUAGAUAUAUGUAUAUACGUAGUGACUCAGACUCAAGACUCGUUCUUCUACAACCAAGGUCACUCUCGACACAGCAUGCUCUUACACACCCACGCACGGUAGUAGGUGAAAAGCUUGUCGUUAUCGUUGUCGUUGUCGUCAUCGGUCCUGCUCCUUGGCCCACCAUCGCUUUGGCUGUCAGAACAGGCGACAGGCACAGUCGGCACCAGUCGAGCGCGACCCCUCUCGCAAGCUCACACACAUACAUCCAGCCAGGUUACGCUCGUCCUACUCAGUGUAGAGCAAGUCAAGGGUGCACAGCGUUGACAGGCGGAGAAGAGCAAGGGAGCAAGCAGCACGAAAAGGCGGUUAGAAAGACAGUCAUUGCUGUUUCUUUCCAGCAACACACCGCCGCACUCUUGUCAGCUUGACGUCUUUCCUCCUUUCACACCCUUCAGGCAGCGUCCGCGUACGUCUUCUUCGACCCCUCACACCCCUGUCUCUGCCCUCAUCCGCUUGUUAUACCCACAGGGCUGCAAAGCAGAGAACGCAUCGGCAAGCGGACAGACA